CUUCCAUAGACAGUAGCACCAGGAUGUUCCCUUCCCUCCUGGUCGUCGCGGCGGUCCUGGUGGCAUGCGUGGAGCCUGCCCCGGCCGUUCUGGAGGACGAGCCCCCCGCGAAGUACGAAUACAAAUACACGGUGCAGGACCCUGAGAGCGGGAACUCCUACACCCACCACGAGACCCGGAACGCCGACCUGACGGAGGGAACCUACCAAGUGGUCUUACCCGACGGGCGGCUGCAGGUGGUGCGCUACACGGCCGACAAAGGUGGUUUCAACGCCCUUGUGGAGUACAAGGGGGAGUCUACUGUGACCCAGCCAUCCCCUAAGCCCUCCAGCCCCUUUACAAGCCCUCAGAGGACCCCACGACCUUUAGAUAGUGCUGAACCGUCCCCGUCAAACCCACAUCAGUCCCAGGAAAGGAUCACGCAGACAGUUGUAUCCCAGGGGCCAACACAGCCUCAAGUCCUCAACCUCAGGCCAGUUCAACCCCAGGGGAGCUUCACGCCAUCCCAGGGAGGCUUCAAUCAACCCCAAACGCCAUCCCAACCCCAGCAGCCGUUCAGACCACCCCAGGGUAGCUUUGACCAACCCCAGAGAACCUUCCCCCAGUCCCAAGGAGCCCCAGAAACAUCCCAACCCCAGGUGUCGAGUCUAAACCCAUCACAACCCCAGCUGCCAUUUAGACCACCCCAGGGUAGCCUAAACCGACCCCAAAGAACCUUCCCCCAGUUCCAAACAGCCCCAGUGGCACCCCAACCCCAGCAGCCAUUCAGACCACCCCUGGGUGACCUAAACCAACCCCAAAGUGUCUUCCCCCAGUCCCAAGGAGCCCCAGUAGCAUCACAACCCCAGGGACAGUUUACCCCAGCCCAGGGAAGCUUUAGCCAGCCCCAGAGAUCCUUCCCCCAGCCCCAAGGAACCCAAGUGGCAUCCCAACCCCAGGUGUCGAGUCUAACCCCACCACAACCCCAGGGACAGUUCACCCCAGGCCAAGGAAGUUUUAGCCAGCCCCAGAGGACAUUCUCCCAGCCCCAGGAGCAGUUCACUCAGCCCCAGGGUAGUUUCGGACAAUCCCAGACGAUUAGAUUCCCCUCCUCCCCAUCCCAGCAAUCCCAAACCUUUCCCCAGUCCCUCUCUCGCCCCCAGGCCCAAGUAAGCCGUCUGGCCCUUAGGUAAUAGCCCCCUUUUUCACCCCCCGUCGUCAGCCCCCCCCCCCUCCACCCCCGCCACCACCACCACCACCUCUCACAACGAAGAAGCUAACAAAUGGACCAGGAAAGGAAGCCACGACAACAGAACUAGAAAAAAAAAUAAUCAUAAAAAU